AUGGAUCGCUGGAACAGAGUUAAACGUAAAGUUCCAACUCGACGUACAGUGGCACGUUUUUCUUUCGCACUACUAUUAAUAUGGCUAUGCCAUCAACGAGUAGCAAAACUGGAUUUCAUCCGAAUGACUCAUCAUGGCUUUGCUUUAUCCGGCAAUGUUGACACCACUUAUUCUUCGAUACAUUAUGAUCCACUAAAAGCGAAUCUUGGUUUGAUAUUUUUUCGUCAUCUAAUUCAUGAUAAUGAUUCUCAUGAACAUGUCAAUGACGAAAAUCUAUGUUCAUUAAUGCAUUUCUUCAUUCAACAAGCAACUCUCAACAAUCGACCAGUUCAAUUUUCAACAGGCAUUUUUAUUCUCUAUGAUUCGACUGGGCGAUUUUUUCCACGGCUGAUGAUGGCCAAAAAUGCUCAAAUACACAGUGACGAACAUCGUUCCGGUUAUAUGCUUCGUCUCAAACAUUUUGCUAUUGAUGCAAUACUAUCAAUACGAGAAAGAUUUUCAGGUCGUCGAUAUUCGAAUGCCUUACCUUUUAUUUAUUUACGCGGCGAUGAAUCAUCCCAUUUUCAUGAACGCGGCACCAAAUACGAACGACGACAUGUCUAUCCUGCUUAUGGUGCAGACAUUCGACAUGGUUGCCUACCAAAUCAUUUCGGUCAUAUUUUAUUUGGCCAAUUGAAAAGUCUAUCCAAUUCAGUAGAUCCUCAUUAUCGAGGUGAUCGUAUCUACAUGAAACCUGAAGCAUAUGGUUUGCAACAAUUUCCACAUUACAUUGCACAUGGUGGCCACUAUAUUCGAUCUAAGCUGCAACUUAUCUUUUGUCAGUGGGCAGAUAGUUGGAAUUUUAAAUUUUGCUUGCGGACUGUCGCCUUUCACGAAUGGACCGAUCGUAUCUGGACAAAAAAAUGGGAACACAUAUUGAGCACUAUGAUUCAUGUCGAACGUCGUCCAUUGCGUGAUCAAGCUUCGUUGCAUGGUAUUCAUGAAAUGUAUCGACAGACGCUUCAGUUUCCUACACAGUCAAAUGUCGAGAAAUUUCGUACGGAACUCGAACAUCACUACGGUUCUGAUAUCAGUGCACGAAAAGGCAACGAAAUCAUUCUAACAACAGAAGAACUAUUAAAUAGCCAAGCGACAUGUGAUUGA